AUGGGCCCAUGGGGCAACGGCGGCAAGGGGAUCAUCAGCCUGAUCGCCGGCACUGGCGGCCAGCAAGACGACUGCAUUGUCGAGGAGCUGCUGACAGCUGGUGAACCCCGCUGUGGAACGGCAGAGGAAGGGGAAGACUCUGCAGAGGACGGGCAGACGUCUUUCGACUAUGUCGUGAACAUUAGGACAGGUCUAAGCAAGAAGCGGGCCUAG